AUGUCGCGAGACGUUUAUUUGCAGACGGUAAUCCGGCGUGUGAUUCUUGUUGUUGCUAAGUCGAGUUCUAUUUGACAUACCCGGAUUUUACGCAAAUAUGUUGCGAAUUAUAAGUACGCUGAGAGUUUCAGCGCAGCGAUCCCUAAUGAUGCUGGGUGAAAAAUCAAACGUUUGUCGUCCAUUGGCGUCGGAUGUUCGGCAUCAAGACCGUCGUUCCUUCUGCAAUAGUCUGCCUUCUUUACAAAAGAAAAUGAUAUCUGUCACGUUUGUAAAUAGAGAAGGCAAUUCCAUGCUAGUCAAAGCAAAAGUGGGUGAUACAUUCCUGGAUGCUGCCAUCAAUAAUGACGUGGACCUAGAAGGUUUUGGUGCUUGUGAGGGCACACUUUCAUGUUCAACAUGUCAUAUAAUUUUCAAGAAGGAAGAUUUUGAUAAACUUCCAGAUAAACCAUCUGAUGAAGAGAUGGAUAUGCUUGAUCUAGCAUAUGGGCUUUGUGACACAUCACGCUUGGGAUGUCAAAUUACUUUGACAGAAUCAAUGGACGGAAUCGUCGUAACAGUCCCGGCUCAAGUAGCCGAUGCGAGGAACCGAUAGCACUUAGCACAAAUUUAUAAGCUGUAAUAUACUUUUUCGAGCAUUACAAAAUACAUUAUAAGUGCAAAG